GCAUGCUCCACAGCCUCUGCUCGUCGCUCCGGCACUGACGCCGCACCAUCAGCGCAUUCUCAUCCUUCCCCGACACGUCUAUCUUCGACACCGGCACCACGAGCUUCUCCUUUCGCCUGCGCGAAGUGCCCUUGAUCGACCCUACACCUUCUCCUCCGCCCAUGCCUGCUUCUGCACCAGCAACAGGCACGUCGAGAGCACGAAUUGCAGGAGGCAAGGCGCGUGCGGCGAUUGGCGCGCACUUCUUCGGCGACCGCAGCGGCAGCAGCAGUGCGAGCGGCACCGCCGCUGGCUCCAGUAGCAGCUCGCCGCGCGGCGAAGAGAACGACGUCGCUGCGGGGUACAUGCCGCUUCAUGCCGCUGCGCCGCGCCCAGAGUCGGACGACGAUGAGCCACCGCGGACUGCGCCGCUGGACGGAGAAGAGCGCAUGGUGCUCGGAAGAGGCAGAGGCAGGGGCGACAGCUCGAACUACAUCUACGGCUACGCAUUCUUCUGCCAGAAGCGAGACGCUAGCAUCAGGCGAGGCUACUUUCAGAAAUCAAUUGUCGUCCUCUCUCAUCUUCCCUACGUUGCGCUCUUCGACCGCGUCAUCAAUCUGCUCGGACCGCUGUACUUUGCACACGGCGCGCCGAUGCUCGAGGCCUUCUGUCAGGACGUCACGAAUUGGCCAGCGCCGGAACCCGGAGCCACACUCUCGCUGCCAGUGCUGGGCUCCGUCCUGGAUGUGGCCUUGCCGCUCGCAACACAGGGGCAGAGUCGCGAGACGCCUACAAGCCCGCUUCCAUCGCCCCUUCCAGUGCAGCCGGGCGGCGCCGAAGCUGUGAUUCUGGCGUCCAUUCCAGCGACUCCGCUUGUCAGCUCCUUCCGCGAGCUCCUGCCCGACAUGUGGCUGCUGUGGGAGUGUGUGCUGCUCGGCGAGCCGAUUCUGAUCGUCGGGCCCGAUCCGAAGCAGUGCAGCGAGGCGGUGUGGCAUCUGCUCGAUCUCAUCCGUCCGAUUCCGUUCGGAGGCGACUGGCGGCCCUUCUUCACGAUUCACGACUACGACUUCAAGACGCUCGUCACGCGCAACAAGCCGCAGGCCGGCACGCUCCUGGGCGUGACGAAUCCGUUCAUGCUGCAGGCCUGCUCUCACUGGCCGCACGUGCUGCGAGUAGGCAAGGCGGCGGCGAAGCCAAGUCGGCACGGCAGUGGCAGCGGAGCCUCGUCUGGCGGCACAGGCUUGGGCAAGCGCGCCUCAGCACCGCCAGCGCCCUCGACGCCGGCAUCUGCAGGCGGCGUUGCCGGCGGCAACAGUGCCGGAGGCGGCGGCCCAGAGCACCUUGCGGGCUUCACCUCGAAGCGCAAGCGCCGCAUCUCAAAAGACCGGGCGCUGCUUAAGCGUCUGCUCGAGCUCGUCGAGCGGCCGAAUGGCGGUGCCGCAGCCGAUGCCACGGCCGACGCGCUGCUGCGACGCUACUUUGCCGACCAGACGUCGCGCUUCCUGGCGCCGCUCAAUCGCUACGUCUCGUCGCUCAUUCCUGCCACGUUCGACCUCUCUUCGCCCAGCGCAGCGCCGCAGAUCCGGCCCUUCAGCACCACGGCCUUUCUGGCCUCGCUCAAGGCGCAUGGCACGCCGCUUGCAGUGCGCAGUCGCUCGCUGCCUACCGGUGCAGCAGUGCGCCAGGCCCUCUACCUCGACUUUCUGCGCUCGCCGAACUUCGGCCUCUGGCUGCAAGAGCGCCUCGCUGCUGCAGAGGAGGAGCAGUGGCGGCGCAGAGUCGCAGUGCUGGAGCAAGGCGACGUGCGCACAUUUGCGCAGCAGCGCGGCGAGGUCGAGGCGCUCGAUCUGUGGACAAGGCUCGUGGCCGAAAUCCGCUCCGUCGAUGCCCGGCUCUCGUCGCCCUCGCGACCCGGCCCAGGCUCGCGGUGGCGCAGUGACACGCCAGCGCCCGACUCUUCUUCGUCUGAUACGCCCGGCGCCACGCCUGCUGUCUCCUCGGCGAGCACCGGCACGCGUCACGCGGCAAAGACUGACUCCAUGAGCAGCAGCACCAGCUUCAGCAGUGCGCUGGGCCCGGCAAGCGCCAGCCUCGGCAGCAUGAACGGCAGCGCCAGCGGCUCAAGCAGCGGCUUCGAGGAGGCGUCCUUGCUUGCUCAUCGGGCCAAGCUGACUGCGCAACUCGAGCGCCUGGGCCAGACGCUCUCGCCCGACCUGCAGGCCUCGCUUCGCCUGGCCGCGUGAUGCUCUUCUCUAUCCGGACGCCAUCCUCACUCCCUGCGCAACAAUUCUUGCGGCCCGCAUCUUCCCGCCAGCACAUCCACCGCACGGCUCUUCCUCAUCCUCG